AUGAAAACUACCACACAUGGCCAGACUACCACACAUGGCCAGACAACCACACAUGACCAGACUACCACACAUGGCCAGACUACCACACAUGGGCAGACAACCACACAUGGCCAGACUACCACACAUGGGCAGACUACCACACAUGGCCAGACUACCACACAUGGCAAGACUACCACACAUGGGCAGACUACCACACAUGGCCAGACUACCACACAUGGCCAGACUACCACACAUGGCCAGACUACCACACAUGGCCAGACUACCACACAUGGCCAGACUACCACACAUGGCCAGACUACCACACAUGGCCAGACUACCACACAUGGCCAGACUACCACACAUGGCCAGACUACCACACAUGGCCAGACUACCACACAUGGCCAGACUACCACACAUGGCCAGACUACCACACAUGGCCAGACUACCACACAUGGCCAGACUACCACACAUGGCCAGACUACCACACAUGGCCAGACUACCACACAUGGCCAGACUACCACACAUGGCCAGACUACCACACAUGGCCAGACUACCACACAUGGCCAGACUACCACACAUGGCCAGACUACCACACAUGGCCAGACUACCACACAUGGCCAGACUACCACACAUGGGCAGACAACUACACAUGGCCAGACUACCACACAUGGCCAGACUACCACAUAUGCAUUCUAAUUGUAUAUGAUCUGUUGUAGUAAGCGAUGUUAUUUUAUAUGCACUAUUUCUGGCACCUCAAGAUUGUCCUGAGUUUGACAUCAUUCAUGAAUAUGCACCUAAAACAUCCCCACUAGGCCUACUCUCUUAACAGUUUUGUGCGGCUGUUGUCGAGUGUUGUGUUGGGACAUUCAGGAGGGGGUGUGGUUUUCAACAUGGAUUCUUAUUAAAUGUUCAAAAAUGCAUGUUUAUUGAUUACAGUUAAAAAGUCCCUAUCAGAGGAAACGUUGCUAAAUUACUGUGACAGCAGUUUGAUCUGCUUCAGUAGUACAGUAUGAUCUGCUUCAGUAGUACAGUACGAUCUGCUUCAGUACUAGUAGUACAGUACGAUCUGCUUCAGUAGUACAGUAUGAUCUGCUUCAGUAGUGCAGUAUGAUCUGCCUCAGUAGUAGAGUAUGAUCUGCUUCAGUAGUGCAGUAUGAUCUGCCUCAGUAGUACAGUAUGAUCUGCUUCAGUAGUGCAGUACGAUCUGCUUCAGUAGUACAGUACGAUGUGCUUCAGUAGUACAGUACGAUCUGCUUCAGUAGUGCAGUACGACCUGCUUCAGUAGUGCAGUACGAUCUGCUUCAGUAGUGCAGUAUGAUCUGCCUCAGUAGUACAGUAUGAUCUGCUUCAGUAGUGAAGUAUGAUCUGCCUCAGUAGUACAGUAUGAUCUGCUUCAGUAGUGAAGUAUGAUCUGCCUCAGUAGUACAGUAUGAUCUGCUUCAGUAGUGAAGUAUGAUCUGCCUCAGUAGUACAGUAUGAUCUGCUUCAGUAGUACAGUACGAUCUACUUCAGUAGUACAGUAUGAUCUGCUUCAGUAGUACAGUAAGAUCUGCUUCAGUAGUACAGUACGAUCUGCUUCCGUACUAGUAGUACAG